CCUCCCGUCAGAAAAUGAAGCCUUUAACUUCAUUUUAGGAUUUCUAAAGUCUAACAAACAGGAUGAAGCCACGAAGAUGACGUUCUUGAGUUCUGUGAACAUCCUGUGCAGUGCUGUGAAAAGUCAGGAACACCGCAAUAUGGACCACUACUGCAAUAAAUCCAUGUUGGCCGAGAGAGUGGAGAUGUUGAUCAUUGAGGAGCCUGUUGAUAUGCUGAUCAGUUCUUUGAGACAACAAGCCAUGGUCUGCAUCAUGGAAAUGAGCCAAGUGAACCCAAAGUUCCAGCCCUUACAAAGGAUGGAGUUGAUACAGUCAGGUAUCUUCAGCCUGUUUUCCUUGCCCCCCAACAUGGAGACUGACACCAACAGGGAGAUCGUUAGUCUAUACAGCCAGACUGUUCGAGCCUUGGAUGAAAUGUUGCAAGGACUAAUGACUGAAAAUGAGGACCCCAGCAUGCUGGUGUUUAUUGAAAUUGUGGAGAUCAUCAUGCCCUGGAUCUUGUCAGAUAAGAUCUUUGAGAAAGUCCGAGCUUUGAGUACUCUUUCCCGACAACUGAGAUUCAUUUGCAACUUUCCUACACUAAGACACUUAGAAGAUUUCAAGAUUGGUGGGAACUUGAUGGGCAUCUUGGGCCUCUUCUGUAUGGACUAUAACUAUGAAGUCAGCUCAUGGGCCUCAGCAGCACUCCAUUACUGCUUCAAAUUCUUUGUGAACCAGAGGCGUAAGUGUUGA